AUGGUGUGGUAUCCAUCAGAUUUUGCUUUCCACCACGAUCACGAGAUUUAUGGGAAAACUGACAGCCGUUAUGUGCUGAUUGAUAAGACAAUGGCGACCGUCUGGAAAAUCUACACGCUGCCGGAGAAACAAGGGUCGGAGAUUCCCAUUAAUACCAGACAUUUCGAGCGCGAGAAGCAGCGAAACCAGGAGCUGCGUUGCAAACCUCACGAAAACCUGAUGCUGAUCAAGGAAGAAAAUAGGAUUCAAAAAUUCCGGUGUAAGGCUGACGGAAAGCAGUAUGGCGUGCUGAUAUUCGAUUUUCUGCCGUAUACCCUGGAGAAAGAGCCGUCAAUAAAUUACACGGACGAUGGUGUGGCAACAUUGGCCUACCAAAUGCUUUCGGGUAUCAGCCAUCUACACGAGCUGAAUAUUGCGCAUCGCGAUAUCAAACCGGCAAACAUCUUCAUCGACAAGAAUGGAAUCGUGAAGAUCGCCGACUACAAUAUAUCCCUCAACGAAGGAUCCGGAUGCUUGGGCAGCGACACGGGAACUUUGCGAUAUAUGCACCCGCGACAGCUGUUCGAGAGCGAGUGCCAUCGUCAAGACGAUCUAUGGUCGCUUGGGGUUGUUUUGUGGGAGCUUGUUACCAGGAGUUUGCUCGUUACGAAACCUUAUCGGUAUCUCCGUUGCUGCCAGCCGAAAUCGACCGAACUGUGUGCGAAGCAAGCGAGCGAAAUGUUAAACGAAGCCUUGAGAAAGAAGGGGCGCAAGCUGUCCGCGAGUUUCCAGACAUUCGCUAGCGGCAGCCACGAAAUCCGCCCGCCAGUCGGGUUGGAAUCGGUCUACAUCAGCGAGACGCCAAUCUAUCGGGAGUUCAGAAAUCGCGGGCCAUCAUUCAGCAACCAGGCAACCGAGGCCGAUUUUGAUUUUGAGCAAUUUGACCCCGCCGCCCUUGCGCAGGAGCUCUAUGGCUAUGUACCAGAACGCAACGAAGAAAGGUGGAUGUUCGUAUCCCAUGCGCCCCGGAUCGUCCGGAAAUGGUUGAAGUGGUUC